AUGCGAGUACACGAACCAGAAUGCGAAUUUGAUGUAAAUGUACCAUGGCCUGGCGUGUUCGCCACCCCAGCUCAGGGUGUUUUUCUUUCACCUUUACGUGUCAGUGUAAACAAGAUGGUCGUCUAUAGCGUCUUGGGACGGUUGGCCCUCCUGGCUUCUUUGGCAGUCUCUGCGCCGUCACCCGCAAGUCUUGACUCGGACCUCACUAUACUGCUCGACAAUGAUCUGCGAGGAGCCAGCAGUCCCACAGCCGACUCGGGGUUGAUUGUGCUCAGCCCCAAAACGUACGAAGAUGCUCUCGCAAGCUGUCAAGCGUUGAAUGAGGAGCUCUGGUCUCCUGGCUUGGGCUCGGCAAGCAUUCAGCCGAACCUGGACUAUCUCGUCUACGAAGGCAAGGCGACCAAGCACUCCAUUUUCUGGAUAGCGGCCAAAAACAAUCAAACACUUGCUCUGAGCGCCUCAGGAAAAAUCAAGACGGCACACCCUGGCCAGGAACUGAGCGUCUUGUGCACACAGUCGGCCCCUUUUGCUAACUCUACUUCCACGGAUACAAACACCGAGUGGCAAGUAUCUGUGCACUCAAACAAUGAGGACCUCGUUGGCUUCCGUGAUCGUACAUCCUUCCGAUUCUACGGGGUCCGUUAUGCGCCACAGCCAGAGCGGUUCACAUAUUCCGUGCCAUAUGCCGGCUCCAAUGGCUCUGUCUCAGCAACCAGUUUCGGAUCCCAGUGCGCCCAGCAAUGGGCGGACGGAACCGAGGACUGCCUGUUUCUGAACAUCUGGACGCCUUACCUGCCAUCUGAGGGCAGUAAAUGUGACAAGAGCACUCUGAAGCCUGUGAUGUUCUGGAUCCACGGCGGUGCGCUCAUCAGCGGCACGGGAAACGACAAUACGUUCGAUGGCGGGAGCGCCGCCUCCAGGGGAGACGUGGUCGUGGUUACCAUUAACUAUAGGCUGUCGACGCUCGGCUAUCUCGCCCUAGACGACGGCGUCACCAACGGCAACUUUGGCCUGGGUGACCAAAUAAACGCUUUGGACUGGGUGCGGGCCCACAUUCAGGACUUCGGCGGUGACCCUGACCGUAUCACGAUUCUGGGCCAGUCCGCCGGGGCUGGUUCAGUCCGUGCCAUCAUGGCUUCGCCUGAAGGCGAGGGAAAGUUUGCCGGUGCAAUCCAGAUGUCUAAUGUUGGAGGCAGGGAGCUCGGGGGAGGAACAUACUCUCGCUUCUAUCCACUCGAAGAGGCAUACGAAGCGAUGGCCAAUCCAAUCCUUGAUGCAACCAACUGCACAGACGCAGAGUCCCAGGUCGAUUGUCUUCGUGCCGUGCCUGCUUCGACCCUCUUGAGCCUCGACUCUGUCGCUCGCUUCUUCGUCGUCGAUGGCACGUACCUCACUACAGAGAACCUGACUCUGACCGGGCCCGAGGCUCCGUACAAGCUGAUGAUCGGCACCAUGAAGGAAGACGCUGGCGCGUUCUUCUCGUUCCCGACCACAACGAACGAGACAGAGUACUUGCAGUCAAUCGGCUACGACCUCCCACAGGCAACGCUGGACGAACUCUUCCCACUGCCCAACGGCACAAACCAGACCCUGAACGUGUUCGACGUCGCCGCGCGCGUGGGGACAGACGACCAGUUUAGGUGCGACGCCCAGGCCACCGCGGCCGCGGGGCUCGCAAGCGGGAGAUACGGCUCCAUCUACAUGUACGAGUUCGAGAGGUCCUACGCGCUCUUCAACUACCCCGGCACGGAUGUCUGCCAGCCACCCGUGACCGCCUCGCACCCGAACGGGGACCCCAGCCUGCCCUACCUGAUGUGCCACUCCGGCGAGCUGUACCUGGUAUUCGGCAACGUGGCGUUCCAGGGCCUGCCCGAGCGCGACGGCUACGACCUGUCCUUUGAGCAGCUGACGCUCGACUCCUUCACCUCGUUCGUCAGGACCUUCAAUCCCAACCCUGACCGGGGUUUCCUCGAGGCGAGACGGUUCACGAAUACCACCAAGGAGCUGGAGAAGGCCGGGGCGUGGAGGCCUGCCACGAAGGGGGACCUGACACUCAGGGCGUUGCGGUGGGAGUCGUAUCAGGAUGGCUUCAGGGAGCUGCAGCAAUGCGAGGCUCUUGGGCAGCCCCUGACAUAUUGGGAGUGA